AUGUUUGAGUUGUGCGUGUGUGUUGAGCGUUUGAGCUACCUACUACAUACGUCCUGCUUGCACAUCAGCUCCGUGACUCGCGUCGAGGCAGCGGGUGGGUCUCGCCUCUCAGGGGCUGUGCAAGCUCCGGCGGCUCACCGUUGGACUGUUCGCCCUCUGUUCAGUUGUUUGGUUUUCACCGUGUGCUUUGAGUCGUCUGUGGUGUUUUCAGCUCCACCAGUUCAGGCGCUCUCGUUAUGCACGAGUCGCUGGGCUGCCGGCCUGACGGUGGACGCCUGCUCCAAUUGUGCGGUACUGCCACACUCUGUGCGCGUGGACCGCGCUGCCCUGGAUCCGGAUGAGGGUUCUUCGGAGGUGCCGCCCUGCCUGCCGCCUGCUGCCCAGCCCUUUGGGUCUAAGCGUGCGGCUGUGUCCACUGCUUCCUUGACUCCGCAGAGGAAGCGUAGGGUGCCUGCAGGGUUGUCUGCACGGAUGGACCACCUUGCGUCAAAGAUGGCCCAAAUGAAGGCACUUCUGCAGGAUGUUCGUCCGUUUUCUGGGGAACAUGUGCUGGGCCCUCCUGUGCCGGACCUGGCCCCGUUGUGUGAGGACGAUACAGCAGGGGGCGGUAAAUGCUGCAGCGUCCCACAACGUCACAAGAAGAGACGCUGGGAAUCCAAGAUGGCGGCGCCCGGGAGCUCACGCGAGUCUCGUGCAGAAACCUGGAUCAAAGAGGAACCUUCAGAAGUGAGAGAGCAGCUCGUGGAGGUCUCUGCUGUCGCUGUGAAGAGUGAGGAGCCGCCCUCGAGCAUCAGUGUUCAGAUGGACUGGUUGAGUCCUGAUCCCAGAGUGAAGGAGGAACCCCCGGAAACCUGGAUCAAAGAGGAACCUUCAGAAGUGAGAGAGCAGCUCGUGGAAGUCUCUGCUGUCGCUGUGAAGAGUGAGGAGCUGCCCUCGAGCGUCACUGUUCAGAUGAAUCUCAGAGUGAAGCAGGAAAUCCCAGAGAUGCCGCUGGUGAAAGAGGAAGUCUCUCCCAACAUGAAUAUUGUCCACGUGUCUUCUCUGUGCGGACGCAGCUGCAGAAUCUCAGAGACUGAAGCACAAAGCAGCGACACUGACGACGAUGACGACUGGGAUCCUCCGGCCGCCGAAGCCUCUAUCACAGAGAAACCCAGAGACGGAGCAGAGAAGAGACAUCACUCCACAGCUCACGGAGCCAGUGACUCUGGUUGGAUGUAA